AUGUCAUGCCCUGAAACAAUUCGACUUCAAUGUCGGAAACAAAUUUUGACAUCGCAUACUUCUGGUUUGGCACCAGGCUACUUACAAGCCAAUCUUUUGAUUCUUCCCGGGGAUAUUGCCGAAGACUUUUCAAGGUUGUGUGCACGGAAUCCUGUUCCUUGUCCUUUACUUGCUGUCACUGAUGGUACGCCAAAAAAGUUGAAUAGUAGCAUCUUAAUAAAUGCAGAUUCUGAUCAAGGGUUCGAUAUUCGCACAGAUUUCCCUCAGUACCACAUCUAUUACAAAGGCAAGCUACAAAGCAAGGCCAAUGAUUGUUUAAAGGAAUGGAAAGAUGGGUACGUUGGAUUCUUGAUAGGAUGCUCUUAUUCCUUUGAAAAUGCACUAAUUGAGGCCGGAGUACCUCCAAAGAACAUAUCAGAGGGAAGAAACGUUUCGAUGUUCAAAACCAAUAGAAUCAUGGAUCCAGCAGGCAUAUUUAUAGAUUGCCCUUACGUUGUUAGCAUGCGUCCCUACAAAAAAGAAUGUAUAGCCAAAGUCAGAGAAGUUACCGCAAAAUAUAAUCUAACCCACGGCGAGCCAAUAGAUUGGGGAUUUGAUGGGGCAGCAAGACUUGGUAUCGAAAACUUACAAAUGCCAGACUACGGAGAUCCAAUUGAAUUUGAUGCUGACGAGAUUCCAGUCUUUUGGGGAUGCGGUGUAACACCACAACUUGCAGUUGAAAAAAUUGGGCAUCUUAUUGAAGGUCCUGUCGUUUCUCACGCACCUGGAUCUAUGUUAGUUCUUGAUGUUACCUAUGAUGAAUUUAAUAAGUAUAGCACCAAUAGUUCUAUGUAG